AUGACGGCUGGGUCAAUAUCAGCUCCCUCUAUUAUCCCUUUACGCUCUGUUCAAUAUGGUCAAACACAAAAAUUUACUAUUAAUACAAAUACAUUAAUUGAAAUUUCGAGUGAAACAAAAGAGGUCGAUAUUUAUUAUUCGUUGGAUGGUUCAAAACCAGAUCCAUUUACAACAUUAACUACACGACGUUCAACAAUACAAUACAGAAAGCCUUUUCAUAUUUCAAAACAAAUUGCUAGUGCAGGAAAAGUAACCAUUAAAGCGAUAGCAGUUUCAAAAGAUGGUAUUCGAGAGAGUGUUGUUGUUACGAAAACAUUUGAUGUACAAUCUGUUGAUUCAGAACAAUCACCAGCAGACGAACAUGAAAAUAAAUUUGUUUAUGAAAUACAACAAGAAAAAAAGGAAUUAAUAAAAAAAACUCAAGAUGAAAAUCAACAAAUGCAACAAAAACUGUCAGAAUCAAUGCGUCGUUCAGCUAAUGAAUCUAUUGUACAAGAAAAGCCACCUCGUUAUAUCUAUCCUGAUCCGCAAGCGCAAGCAGGUCGUCUUCAAAAGCAAAUCGAUUUUCUUCGAUGUGCUCAUUGUUUUGCAGCCAGAACAGGAGAUUUGAAUGCCAGAUUCUGCAGCGAAUGUGGUCUUCCAUGGCAAAACCUUACUCAAACUCAAUCUCGACUAAAUCAAUCAGAUAGUCAUUCGCUUGGCACAUGUGCGAAUUGUAAAUCAACAGUUCCAUUUAAUUCGGACAUAUGCGUUGUUUGCGAAACACCGCUUUCACCGGAAUAUCAACAUCGAGUUAAUGUUCAAAAUCAGACAAAAAUUCUAUGUCCCCAAUGUAAAGCAACGAAUCCCGUACAUUUACGAACAUGUAUGAUUUGUGAAAGUAAAUUAAUGCCAAGUACAUCUCCUCAAGUUCAAGCAACAGUUUCUGUUCCGCUAGCACCGAAGCCAAUAGGCACCAUGAUGACAUGUUCGAAAUGUUUUCGUUUGAAUAAUGCUGAUGCUCGAUUUUGUGAUUGGUGCGGUGCGCAGCCCGAAAAAUCUUCCGUGCCAUUACAAUGUACAAAAUGUCGUUCUGAAAAUGAUCCAUAUGCGAAGUUUUGUUUAACCUGCGGUUGUGUUAUUGAACCACCACUACGUGUCAUUGAUGCACGUCUUAGAAAUGAUUUAAAUAUUUCAGCUUCAUCAGUCAUCGGUGGUACGUUAACGCGCCCAUCAGCUUGUCCAACGUGGCUGAAUGCGAAUGCAACAUUUAGUCAUUAUCGUCAACCUUAUUUAAUAACAAAAAGUGAAGCUUCAACGCAAACACAUGGAAUUUAUUAUCCGAGUGCGAAAGAAAUCGAUGUUUUAAUUGCACAAAAUAAACAAUUACAAGCAGAUAGGGAAUUCAAAGAACGUCGACCAAUAUUAACAGCCAUUAGUCCAGGAAAAGGAUAUUGGAGACAACAAAUGGAUCAUGUUUGUGCGCAUCUAAAAGCAUACGCAGUUAAUCGACCUGAUUUUCGAUCAUUGAUUGGUGAACCUCGUAUGAGUAAAAUGAUUCAUGCAACCGUACAUGAAAAUGAAUAUCAAGUAACCGUUCAAGCUGUAUUUCGUAAACCAGAAAAUCUUUCUCAAUCAGCCUUUUACAUUGAUGAAACGAAUGGAAAUCAUUCAAUGAAUAGUGAACGAAGUUCAACAUUUUCCAGUACAUUUAAUUCUGAUGAUGAAUAUACACGAGAAAAACCUCAAGCAACAAAAGUUAAAAAGCGUUCAAGAAAACGACCACAAUCAGCUGGUGUUACUGGGAACGAUAGCCAACCAAAUCGUGCCUUGCUUAAAUUACUUGACAAGAAAGCUGGUAGCGACAGUAAAAAAUCAUCAGAUCAAGUCGAUAUACUUCAAGAAGUCAAACAAUUAUUAAAAGAAGGUGCCAAUGCUAAUUUACGUAAUAAAGAAGGCUAUACUGUACUUCAAUUGGCAAUAAGAAAUCAUCAUAAUGAAUGUUUGGAUACAUUGAUUAAAGAUGGCAAAGCUAAAUUAGAUUCAAGAGGACCACGAGGUAAUACAGCUUUGCAUGAAUGCUGUUUACUUGGGUAUGAUGGCAUUGAACCAUUGAAAAUUCUUCUAAAGAAUGGAGGUGACGUCAGUUGGAUGAACGAUAGAAAAGAGACUGUUAUUGAUGUUGCAGUAAAAGCCAAUUGUCCAGAUUUAAUGCAAAUUAUGGCAUCACAUCAUGGCCAACAGUUGAUCGAUCGGCAAAUGAAAAUCUAUAAUGAUCAUUCACGAACGACAAUUACCGAUGGUCAUCAUUCAUCGUAG